AGCUACGCCCACUUUUCAGUGUAGUGAGUGCACAAACAACUUGAACAAGCCUAUUAUUUUGUUACUCAUUGUCAAUUUGAGCAACCAUGGCAGGUGUAGCUAGUAUACCUAUGAUCAUGAACGAGAGUCUAAGUCCCACCAGAGCCAACCCUAGGAAUCCCAUCUCCCCCUCUAACUAUCCUGACAAGAAGUCUGUAGUAGCUGCAUACAAGAGAAUGGUGAUGAGCAGUCUGGAGUCACACGAGGACAGAGCAAAGCUUCAAAAAGCACUCAAAGAGUUCCAUAUGAGUCUACUGGUUGAAGACCUGAUGGAGAAACUGAGGCCCCUACUAAACGAGCCAAGGAGACGACAGUUAUAUCUUGCCAUAAGGCCGCUGAUACCCUCCAGGGUAAGGGCAGAGUACAACUCUCACAUCCCCCACGUUCCAAAUUUCGAGAAGAAAGUUGUCCAUAUGAAGCAGCAGGGAAGCCGAAGCCUUGGUUUUACUAUUCGAGGGGGAAAGGAGUUUGGAUGUGGGAUUUAUGUUUCGUCGGUGCUUCCUUCCUCCAAGGCAGCCCAGGCGGGUCUAAAGGUCGGGGAUGAGGUGGUGAGAGUGAAUGGACUUAUUCUGUCCGAGUCCACCCACGAAGAAGUUUGCAAUCUCAUUAAACUCAAGAAAACACUGACUCUAACUGUUCGAGUUAUAGGGAUCAUUCCGGAACAAGAUUGCUUUGGCAACGUUGAAUGGAAGACAACAACCACCGAGAAAAGGACAAAGACACUCAAUCCCACUCAACGUCUCACCACAGCCAUCUUGAGAAGCACCAAGAAAAUACAAGUGAUGCUUGACGGAAAUGAAGUCCUGGGUGCAAGUAUAAAGACUUCUAGUGAUCCCCAGUCUGGAGUGUUUAUCACUGAGCUCAUUCCUAACUCUGUGGCUCAUAACUCUGGCUUGAAGAUUGGAGAUGAGAUCAUAGAAGUGAAUGGGCACAGUGUACUGAACAAGCCUCACAAGGAUGCCAUUGCAAUCCUCCUGUCUAGCCACUCACUCAUGCUCACCAUUCGCAACAAAGAUCCGACUAGAUCUGCUCAUCACGACCCACUGGCCGAACCUCCGGAAGAUUUUGAGCUCUCUCCUCAUGACUUUGACGUUGACGCUGAAAUGCUACAGGCUGACUUGAACGCUUCAACAAUGGGAUUUGUCCUAAAACAGAGAGCAGAAGGUGCACCCCAGCUGCUCAGGGGAAACAACCAGCUCCAGGGUCAACUUGCUGGUCACCAGCCUAACAGACUAUCUAUUCUGGGCAUGGAGGCGGGGCAGUCAACAGUUGCACCAAUGAUAUCCUCACCUGCAGCCGAGGGGUGGGGACCCACAACGGCCAUGCCCACACUCAUGGGUAUGAUGCCAGGGAUGCCAAGCUUGGAUGAGAGUGAUUUCGACCAAAGACUUCUAGCAAUGUCUGGAAACAGAGAGUUUGACCCUCGAGAAUCGAUUUCAUUCCCGGACAUGUCUUACCUAUCGAACGAGGCAGCUGUAAUUCCUCCGUCCUUUGCCAAUGUAUUCCCUAAACAACCGGCAACACAGGAACUACAAAUUGCGUCUUUUGCUAUGAAAGGAAGCCUCUGGAACCCGCAAAGUUCUGAAUCUCCCCAAGGUCCCCCCUCCCAAAAUGUGAGUGGAACAGAUGCUGCCGCCCAGUUCCAGUUUCCAGUGGAUGAUGAUGAGGAGGAUCAACCAGGAAAGCACAAUCCAGACAUUAACCGUCAACCACCGAUGUCAGCUCUCAGAAAGUCAUCAAGUGGUGGGAAGAAGACUCCUGUCUUCAAUGAAAGUGUGGAGGUUAUCAGUGUCCAAAGAAAUCUCAAGAGCAACAGUGCCAACAGCAUUGGAGACACAGUCCAUCCCAGCAACAUGGAGUUUAAUGAUGCUGUCUUGCAAGGAAGAGAGGUUUCCUUCCACACAAUUCCUAAGGAUGGCCCCAUCAAGAUUGCUAUUCGGGGAGGGACUGAUACACCUCUCGGUGGAACUAUUAUCAUCUCCCGGAUCUUGGAGGGUGGGGCUGCCGACAGGUACGGUAGACUAAACGUUGGAGACCAGAUCCUUGUCUGUGAUGGAGUGAGCCUGAUUGAGGUCACACACAACGAGGCUGCUCAAGCUCUCAAGAGGGCCAUGGAUAUGGAAUCUAAUUCCAUUGAUCUGGUGGUCGCAGUGAAUCCAGACGCUGAAUCUGAUGACACCGAAGAUGCGAAGUCACCCAGGACAAUGUGGCCACCACCACAGGACACUGUGUGUGAGGACCAGCCAGCCUCUACCCAGCAGUUUGACUUUGCAAGGAACGCUCAUCGCGCUCACUCGGGGUUCACUCUGAGAGGAAAGGAGAAAGUAGAAACAGGUGCAGCCCACAGCUUCCUGCCCAGGUUCCCAAAGUGAAACAACAAGCUCCAUGUGGACCAUAGCCAGACUAUAAUAUAGCUGUGUUAUUUGUGUACAUGUACUUGUAUUAGCUACAUUGUGUACUAGAACUGUUGUGUUGUGUCUGAAA